AUGAGUCAACAAAAUAGUCAAAUUACUAGUCCUAUUAUCACUGAAGAAGAACAACAAAAAAUUUUAGAAAAUUUCGAAGAAUAUCAGAAAAUUUUGAAAAAUAUUAAAAAACAAAAAGAAAAAGAGGAAAAAGAAAAAAUCCAAAUAGAAAUCAAACAUAAAAAAGAAAAUCACAUUUCACAAAGGUUAGGAGAAAUCAAUAUAAGACAACAAGAAAUGUUUUAUCCAGAAGGAAUUGAUCAACAAAAUCAUCGGGAAAUAAUCCAACAAGAAAGAUUUUAUCCAGAAGAAGUUGACCAAAGAAAAGAAUUAUAUCCAGAGAAUAGGAGAUAUGAAAAAGAAUGGAAAGAAUUUAGAGAAGGAAAUCUUCAAGAAAACAACAAAACUCGUUCAAUAGAAAGAAAAAGAAAUACUUGCUCAAAUUGUAAUAAGGAGGGACAUUACUUUCAAGAUUGUCCAGAAAUAGAAUGUGAAAUAUGUAGAAAAAAGGGACAUAUUAAAAGAUUUUGUCCAGAAAGAAUAUGUGGAAUUUGUGAUAAAAAAGGACAUUUAGAAAGGGAUUGUAAAAAUCAAAGAAUAAUUAACGAUUUAGGAAAGGAAUUUUCGUUCAGAAAGAACUUUGAGGAAAAUGGAUACCAACAAAAUAAUACAUUAGAAUUUGCUCAGAAAAUUACAAAAGGAUAUGAGAGAAAAAUAAAAGGCUAUUUAUUCAGGAAUAAAAACAUUACAAAUGAAAUUAUUGAGAAUGCUAGAAUAAGACAUUUUGAGUGGUUAAGUAUAACAGACCCAGAACAACAAAGUAAAUACAAAUAUCACUGUGAAAGGGAACAGUGUUCAAGACCCUUGAAAAAUUUACACUAUAUGCAGAUCUUAGAUAGAAUUGUGUGCAGAUCAUGUGAAAAGAUAUUUGCAACACAAAUAUAUGAAGAAUACCUAGAAAAGACAAGAGGCUUAGUUAAUGAUUAG